AUGGCGGAGUCAAAAGAAUGUCAAAUAGCUAUUGCCAGUGAGGACUGCGUUGAAAGAAAAGAAGAUUGUUUAUGUAAUUGUGGCAAACGUAUUUGUGAAAAUUGCCUUGGAAAACACAAAAAAGCAAAUCCUCAUCAUUUUGCAUCUGCAUACUCUGUUGGACAGGUAUCAACGACAAUAGGCUGCGAGAAACACAUAGGAGAAAUCAGAUUAUUUUGCAAAGAUUGUUGUGAACUAGUUUGUACUGUUUGCACAAAAAUCGAACAUAAGGAACAUAACUUUGAGUAUCUUGCCGAUCGUUCUGCUUCUCAAAGGACAGUGAUGGAAAAAGAGCUUCAGAAACUUGAAAUGGAAUACAGAAAUAAGUAUUUGAAACUUUUGUGUGAAAAUGAACAAACUAUUUCUGAAGUUCCUGAAAAGUAUUCCGCUAUUCGACAGGAAGUCAAAAUUGCUGGUAUGGCUUUACAAAAGAAAUUUGAGAGGAAAGUUAAGAAACUAAAAAUGCAAAUUGAUGCCAUGGAAAUGGAGCACCUUGACUGUCUAACAGACAACAAAACUAAUUGGAAAAAAUCAUUGAAAAUAUCGAGGAAUCUAAAUCUGAAAUUUCUAGGCAAAUGGCUGACCCUGAAUGUUUAA